AUGCCAGGCUGCCUGCUUCCUGGUCCUCUGGUGAGGCUGUGCCUGGACCUCACAUGUGCCCUGUCCCUUUUCAACUCAGUGUCUUCCUUUAGAGGAGAAGCUGAGAAGGAAAAUGUCAUGAUUUUCCUACCUACAACAGUGUCCGGCCUCAGAGAAGAAGAGAGGAGAGAAAAGGAGAUCGCUUUUCUUGACACUACAGAACUGCCUGCAAGGUCGGUCGAUCUGUCUGCACUUAACCUCACAGAGCUGGUGAAUGGUAUGCUGCAUAGAGCUUUAAAAGAUAGCAAGAACUUCUUCUCCUUGUUGAGUGUCACUUCCUAUAGUUCAUUUGCCUUCCACAAGUUUUCUGUGGCCAUUUAUAACAUUUCCAACCUGAAGACUGUGGAUCCAGCCAACUUCCCCACGCGGUACUGCUACUGCUUAAACAACCGAACCAACGAUUUGUCAGAUUUCACUGCCCUCCUGGUGGACAUCAUUGGAAAUUCUAGCAGCUACCUCACAGAGAUUUUUAAGUCAACUCCCAACCUCUCAGUGAGUCAAACGAACGACUCCGACUGCAUCUUCAUCUGCGUGAUGACAGGAAAGUCAGGACGCAAUCUUUCUGACUUCUGGGAGCUGGCGGAAAAGUCCCCUGUUAUCAAUUACACAUUUACUAGCAACAUAUCUGGUGUUCUGGCUACAAGGGUGUCGGCCCCGACUUCACAGCUCACACCCACAAGCCAGCAAACACUACCUAGGACAAGCCCCCUACAUGGAGCCCAGAGGCCUGGAGUGUCCACUCUGGGAACCUCUUCUGGGACAGACACAACGCCUCCUUCAGAGGAAGAGCAGACCUUGCUUCCUGAGCUUCGCAGCAGAGCCACAACCAAGGCCAUGGCCAGAACCACAGCCACCCUGGACACGGCCUCUCCCACCCUCCCAGCCUCCGCUCCUAGGAAGGCGGCCGGACCUCCACGGGUGACGGCCCACAGACAGGCCCAGGCUUCCACUCUACCCACGGCCUGGGCUCGGGUCGCCAGUGAGAAAACUUCCGGAGGGCCUCCCUGGGAGACCCCUCCCUCCUUGCCUACGUCUCCUAAGGCCGAGGAGGCUGUGAACACAAGGAGCUUUUCCCAGCCUCCUGCCGGGACAGCAGCCGCAGGUGGCACCGCAUCCCAGACCAGCCCAACCUCAGGUCCAUCCACCCCUGGCACGCAGACUCCAAGUCCUACCAAGGCUCCAGCCCCCAAAUAUCCACAGGCAGGUGACCUCCCAGCCAUGUGGCCCUUUAUACCUGGAGAAGAGUCAGCCUUGAUCCCAGGAACCCACCAAUUUUCAAGGUGUCCUGAGCCGCUCCCUAAGGAGGGGGCUAGGACCGCUGCUCCCCUUGCACUGACAGUGCAGAAGCUCAACCCUUGUCUGAUGGAGCUGUGCCAAUUCUUCCAGCAAUGCCUCUGCACAAGCCAGAAGAGAGAGCCUGGGAUGGAGGCCAGGAGGUAUUGUCUUGACUACUAUUCCUGGUUUCUGAAGAAUGCAACAUACAUCUGUCAGAGGGUGAAAAGGAUAUUCCAUUCACACACCUUAAAACAAAAGUGCCUUGAGAACAUCUGCAAGUCUGUUUGA